AUGAUUCAAUCUGAGGCCGAUUCCAAGCUCAUACUUGCCAGAUCGGACGGUACUUAUCCCAACGAACUGAACGGGGAAUACUUCUAUCAGCGGGCUUUAGGGGGCGCCGGCUUCAUUUGUGCAGGAGGCGCCCUCAUUGAGCCACAGGGGACACCAAUGCGAGAAACCCCUCAAAUUAACACGCAUGAACACAUGCUUUCUUGGAAAAAGGUCGUCGACAAGGUGCACACUGUGCCUGGAUCGAUUUUCUUCUGUCAGCUCUGGCAUUGUGGACGAAUGACGUACAAAGACGCCAAAAUCCAAAGGGAUUACGGUAAACCUACCGUCGCGCCCAGCGCGGUUCAGGCUCGCAUGGGAAUUGCACCCGACAACGACGGAGUAUACGACUUAGAGCCAGGGCUCGACAAGGGAUAUUCAUUGCCAACGGCUAUUGAGGAUCCGAAAACGGUCGUAGAACAGUUUCGUCGAUCGGCUAUCUUCGCCAAAGCGGCUGGAUUUGAUGGGGUUGAGUUGCAUGGGGCAAAUGGAUACCUUGUGGCACAGUUCCUUGAUGAUGGUGCCAAUAUUCGAACAGACGCAUAUAGCGGUUCGGUUGAAAACCGAGCAAGGUUCUGUCUAGAAUGUAUCGAUGCUUUAAUCGACGUGUGGGGACCACAUCGCGUCGGCAUCAAAUUGUCUCCGGCUGUUGGUCGAGGUGAUCUGGGUAUGUUCCCAGUGGAAAGACAGGUUGAGCAAUUCACCUAUCUUAUCAAGGAGCUCGACAAGCGUCCCUUGGCAUAUAUCAACCUGGUCAGAUACCUUGAGUGGAUGGACAUGGAAGUCGACGGCAAGAUGCGCGGUCCUGUGCAUCCCGUGUGGGCGACUUACCGCCAUUUGAUCAAGAACGCAAAAGUGUUCUUAAACGGCGCCAUCUCUUUAGUUGAAGCCGAAGAGCUUCUGAAGGAUAAUACUGGCGAUGUUAUUGUCUUCGGUCGCCCAUGGCUCGUCAAUCCAGACUUUGCGAACGCAGCGAUGGCGGGAAAAGAAAAGGAAAUCUUGUUCGACUAUAACUUUGACUACUUUGCGCAGUACCCACCUGGAAACCAGGCUAAAGGAUACAUCGAUUACCCUUUCAUAACCUCGAACUACAGAGCUCCACAGUUGGCCGCAGGAAAGUUGUGA